AAUCGUAAUUAAUAUAAUAAAGGUUUGGGGGGGCGAGUAUAUAACGCGCGAGCCGCCGGCGCCGCCAUUCGCCGCGCGUUAUCCCGCGCGAUCGUUCGCUCGCGAGUGACAAGUGACAGUUGACAAGUGACCUACAAAAUGUCCGCCAAAAUUUACGUGCUGUGUCUGGUGCUAGCGACAGGGAUGGCAGCGAGGCAUCGGCCUCGUGUGCAGCAGCCCGUCGACGAAUACGACUACGAACCGCAGGCGCAGGAGAGAGGGGGACAGGUAGUGCUGGUGUCCCCCGAUGCGUACGAAGGCCUGUACCAGGCGCAGGAGCGCGCGGACGAGGAGUACCAGCCGCGUGCGGCGCACCGCGCGCCGCAGCCGCAGCCGCGCCUCAAGCAGCAACCGCAGGAGGGGCCCAAGCAGCCGCCCGUGCAGACCAUCAGGAACUACAACAAGGUAAACGACGACGGUAGCUUCACUUUCGGCUACGAAGCGGCGGACGGCUCCUUCAAAGAGGAGACCAGAGGCACCGACUGCGUCGUGCGCGGCAAGUACGGCUACGUGGACCCCGACGGCAACAAGCGCGAGUUCACCUACGUGUCGGGCAACCCCUGCGACCCCAACAAGCCCAACGAAGACGAGGAGCCCGACGCGCCCGCCAUCGACUCCGCGGAGAGAGACGACCCCGAACCCAACUACCCGACCAGACCGGUCAUCAGGCCGACCACAGCGCGACCGGCGACCACCUACUUCCAGAACGACUUCAGGGAUGACGAAGAACCUGAGGAAGAACCUCUGCAGCACAUCAGACAACGCGUCGUCCAACGCCCGCAACCCCCUAGACCGGCGUACCAACAGAUCGCCAUCACUCCCCGCCCCGUGCCGAUCACCACCGCGAGGGCCCUGCCUCCAGCGACUACCUUCAGGCCCCAGAUCAUCCAAGUCACACCCAAACCGCAGAUACAAUACAGCCCCGAGCCGCAAUACUCUCCCUCCCCUGCUCCCGCGCUCUCCUCCAACAGACCUGGACAGAUCGAUUUCGCUGCAGAAUUCGCGAAAUUCCAUCGCGACAAUCAAGGCCCGACUACUCCCGCCUCACUCAACACCGCCUCCAAGAGCACCGCUGCCGCCCCCGCCCCAUCCAGCAACCCUCUCUACUCCACCGAACUGGUCUACGACCCUUCCAGCGGUUCUUACGACACUAAUUUGUUCCAAUCUCUACCUCAAACAAAGGGUGAACUGAACCUCAACCAAAGACUUCAGCCGUACGUCGCUCAACCUCAACAGCAGAGACCUUUCAACCCGUCCCCGCAGAUCCCUGUCAACCCUCCGGUGUACAGGCAGCAGUUCCAAGCAGCGCCUCAGGAGAUCUACCAGAGGCAGCAAGCUGAGUCGCAGUUCCAGAGUUCGCAACAGUUGUUCGCGCAACAGCAACAACUGCAGCAGACUCAGCUGCAGAGGGACCGAGCGGCGGCGAGAGCUCAGGCUCAAAGACUGGCGCUGGCUCAACAGCAGGCGCCGCAGAGAGCGCCGGCCCCAGCGCAACAAUACUACUACGUGCCGCGGGGAGAGAGUCCCUCGUCCGGUCAGAUCGACGCCUUCCUGCGGGGGCACGGCAUCCAACUGUGAGGAGCCUAGUGUAAUAGAGCUAGAUAGAACUAUCGACUGAGUCCGUAGCCAUAUGUAACGUACAAGUGUAUCGGUCGUAAGUGCGGUGUAUCUAGUGACUGUGGCGGCGGCGGCCGCGGGUGUACAUAGCUGUGUCUCAGUACCUUGGCCUGUAACCAAGUUGCACGUCAGUUCUCUUUCUACAAACGCUAACGCUACGAGUACGAGAAAAUGUAUGGGGCGGAUUCGUUAUCGAUUAGUGAUCAACCUAUCAAUCGGAUAUGUCAUUCUCAUACGUUUUUAGUUUCAGAAGCGUUAGCGUUUUUAGAUAGAGAAUUGAUUUGCAACUUGGCUGCAGGCCCUUAAACUAAAUGUUAGCGUAAGACUUAAUUUUAUUAUCGAUCGCGAACCAUCUCUGUACGAAGUCCACCACGUUUACAAUUUGGACGUCUUUUUGUAAAAUUGCAAUACCGAUUUCUUUUGUAAUAUUUUUUUUUGUUUUUAAUAAAUUAUAUUUUUAUUGAAA